ACCCUUAAUACUUACAUUUUGGGCUACAAAAAACCCAGAUGUUACAUCGCUACCCAAGGACCGAAGAACAAUACAUUGGCAGACUUUUGGAGGAUGAUUUGGCAAGAGAAAGUUAAGAAUAUCGUAAUGUUGGCGAAUGUUUACGAAAAUGGAAAGAAAAAAGUGGAAAAAUACUGGCCCGAUAUAAACGAAGAUUUGAAAUUUGGUAUCAUCAGAGUUCAACACGUUUCAACAGACACCUUCGCAAACUUCGAUAUCAGAAUAUUCAGUAUUCACUGUAAUAAUGAAGAAAGGAAGAUUGAGCAACUACAUUACACCACAUGGCCAGACCACGGAGUUCCUCUGUAUUCUCAGAGUUUGGUACCUUUUCUACGAAGAGUUCUCAAAAUUCCGUAUAAUCCUCAGUCGCCUAUUGUUGUACAUUGUAGUGCUGGAGUCGGACGUACUGGUACAAUAAUAUUGAGCGAUAUAUGCCUGCGGAUGGCAGCAGGAGAAGGUUGCAUAGACUUCCUAGCUCACCUGGAAAAUAUAAGGAACCAGCGAGCUAAUUUGGUCGACAACGUCGAGCAAUACAAGCUGGCGCAUCUCGUUGUUGUAGAAUGUCUAUUCGCCAUGCACACGGCUGUACCUUGUAACGAAGACAUGCCGAACACUGUCGACGAGAUUUUGAAAAGUGGUGGCAUUGAAACCCAGAUGAAGUACAUCAUAGAAACGCAGUGGCAGGAUUUCGCCAUGGAAACCAUGUUGGAACACGAGCAAACUUUUCCUAUUUAUCCAGAGAAGAAUAGAUUCGAAAAUAUCAUUCCAAGGCACUACCGUGUUUUUCUAACGUGUUAUCCAGUCGACGACGCGUCAUCGAGUUAUAUCAACGCCGUCUUAGUUGACGGUUUCAGAAACCCAGGACGAUAUAUAUCCACCCAACAGCCUAUGCCGAAUACGCUUGGAGAUUUUUGGAGGCUAGUAGUCGAGAGAUCGUGUGGCACUAUUAUAUCUCUCAAUUCUCUCGAUUUCAAGGACCAGACGGUAUGUAAGUUUUAUCCCAAUAAAAAUGAGGAGCUGAAUCCACUGGAUAUUAUUACAGUACAACAUGUGAAAACCAAAGGACUGGAAUACUAUAAAGUAAUCACGGUGCAGGUACAUUCAAACAUGACAAAUCCGUUCAAUGUCGACAUCAUAGAAAUUAACAACUGGGCAUCUAACGCUUUGUGCCCCAACAGUAUAGAAGAGUUCUUAUCUUUCAUAGAUGCUGCUGAGGCUAUAUCAAGAAAAAGUGAACGUGUCAUUGUAACAUGCUAUGACGGGGCAACUGCUUCUGGAUUGUACUUGGCGAUGACAUUUCUGAUAGAGAAAAUGAAACUUGAGCAAGACUGUGAUGUUUGCCUGGCUGUGAGGACCAUUCGACAUAGUAGACAGGAAUUUGUCACUACAGAGGAGCAGUACAAAUUCCUGUACGAGGCAUCAGUUACUUUCAUAACUGGAUUUCAAUCGUACUCCAAUUUCACCUGAUGACUGAAACUUUUAUAACGUAAUAAUGUUUAUAAUGAAGUAUAUUCAAGAAAUUGUUCAUAAAAGUAUUUUAAUUGAGUGAAAUAAACUAAGUAAUGAAAAUCAA